AUAGUCGUGACGAGAUCGAGAGUGCAGUCAUGGUGUUGCCAGAUGCAAGCGACACAUCGGUAGUUCUGCACCGUAAAUUAACAAAUUCAACACCUGGACAACACGCUAAUUCGGUGCCGAAUCACAGUCCGAAUGCACCGGAAGAAUCGCAUACUGCAUGUUUAAAAACAUCGACAUCCAGCUCUAUGUCAAUAUUAUCGAUGGAUGCUGGUGAUACAGGCACUGGGACCGCUCUAACGAGCAAUGGAUUGGUAAAACAAGAUCAGCAAACAAAACUAAGUGUCGCAAUAGCAUCAGCAGCUUUACCUUGUGCCAUUUGUGGACAGUCAUUCCCGGAUGCAUUUGCUCUUCAGCGACAUUGGCUUUCGCACGUUUGCGAUCGACCGCACAUUUGCAAACAGUGUGAUGCCGGCUUCACAACUGCUGACGCUCUUAAUACUCAUACAUUGACGCAUCAAAAUAACAGACGCGAACGGUGA